AUGGCAGUGGCUUCUCUGGAAACAAGUGGUGUGUCUCCAGAACAGAGGUGUGCUCAUAGAGGCAGUGGUGACCAGCGGUAUUCAGCUGCCAUCAGUAGAGGUGUAGCUGCUCUUAGAUACAGCACUCCACACGCCUCAGCAGACAGUAAACGCUGCAAAAGCCAAAUCUCAGCCCCCGAGAGGCUCUUUUCUGUGGCCGGGGGUGAGCAAGGCAGUCCGUCCUUCCACCACCACAGCCUGAGCGCCAGCUUUGGACUCAGUGCCACGCCGGGACUGGACGGCUACCGCAGCUUUGCUCCUGUGACUGGCCGGGAAACACAAACCUCCUUUACCGGCUGCCACAAGUCGCCUGCCAGUUCAGCAUUCCUGUCUUCCCAUACUCCGGCAAAGAACAUUUCAUAUAUUUGGGCCUCCGCUCAACAUGGGGCCCGUCCGCAGGCCGCUGGUCAGGAUGAGUUCUAUCCGUAUGCCCCUGACACCUCGGGGCCCGUCCCUGCCUCCGUGGUUAGUAAGCGGCUCACCUACAGACCGUUGGUCCAUAACCGACAUGUCUGCAGGCCCCUGCUCAUCACGGCAUCCGCCCGUAGGAAGUUGGGCAUCAAGUUGCUCGUCCGCAGAUCUACCUGGUCUACGCAGCAGCUAGUCUUGUCAGUGAGGUCAGCUGCUCCAGCAGAGGUGGUGAAGAUGGCGGAAGGUGGCAAGAUGCCCGUCAAGCUGUCCAUUCUUCGUCACUCCAGUAUUGUUAAGGACGGAGAUCCAUGUGUGUAUGGCAUUCCCAUGCAUCAAACUCUGCGAGAUGAAGACGCAGGCUUUGAAAAACUAGAGUUUGGAUGUAAUCACGGGUAUGCUGAAAGCAAAGUUAUCAUGAUGGUGGGGGAAACAGGCUCUGGAAAGACAACACUCAUCAAUGGCCUGGUUAACUAUGUCUUUGGUGUUGACUGGAAUGAUUCCUUCCGCUUCAAGAUGAUUGUCGAGGACAGUCGCGCUAACCAAGCUCAUAGUCAGACAAAAGAUGUCACUUCCUACACUCUGCAUCACCAGGACGGUUUCAGAAUGCCCUAUUCCCUCACCAUCAUCGAUACUCCAGGCUUUGGUGACACUAAAGGUAUUAAGAGGGACAGGGAAAUAGUUGAGCAGCUUCGCAAGUUUUUCACAAGCCCAGGAGAUCUCGGCAUCAGCCACAUCGAUGCCAUUGGCUUUGUGGUUCAGGCUUCCCAGGCCAGACUCUCUGUAGGGCAAAAAUAUGUCUUUGACAGUAUCCUUGCACUGUUUGGCAAAGAUAUAAGCGAUAACAUAUUCCUUCUCGUUACUUUUGCUGACGGCCAGGAGCCUGAGGUUCUUAAUGCAGUGAGGGAAGCUGAAAUACCACACAAACAUUACUUCCAGUUUAAUAAUUCUGCUCUCUACUCCCAAACUAAUAAAAACAGAAAGUUCGGCUCUCUUUUCUGGGAAAUGGGAUGUGAAAGCUUCCAGACCUUCCUGGAUAAAGUCCUCGAAGUUGAAAGUAAGAGUCUUCUUCUUACUAAGGAUGUUCUUACAGAGCGCAAAAGAAUUGAAGUGUAUAUUAAGGGCAUAGAAAAAGAAAUCAAAGUAGGACUAAGUAAAUUGAAUACCCUGGAAAAGGAAAAGGAAAUGUUAAGAAAACAUGAACAUGAUGUAGACCAAAACAAAAACUUCUCUUUUGAGGUGGAAGAAGAUGUCUUUGAAAAGAAGGAACAUGAUAAAUAUGGGUUUGGGUAUGGAGGAAUGCGUAACUGUAAGACAUGUCAGCGCACUUGUUGCCACAGGUGCUUGGCCUACUAUCUUGGUGGUAGAGAAAGGUGGUGCUAUGCUAUGGAUAAAGAAAUGAUGUGUACAGUCUGCCCUUUGCACUGUUCUCUUGAAGAACACGAAAUAUGUGACUACAUAUACUACGUCACUAGGAAGAAAAUCCAAAAAACAGUGGAAGAAGUUCGUCUUCGCUACGAAGAAGCACACGGGAGAAAACUGUCUGCCCAGAAUAUAAUUGACAAGAUUCAAGGAGAAUAUGAUUUAGGGCAGAAGAAGAUACUGGAAAUGGCUGACUCUGUAAGGAAGUCCCUUGAGAGACUAAGGGAAAUAGCUUUAAAACCAGACCCGCUAAGCGCUGUCGAAUACAUCGACAUGAUGAUAAAGAAUGAGCAGAGAACAGCAAAGCCGGGGUGGCAAGAAAGAGUUGAGCAGCUUAACCAACUAAGGCGAAUGGCGGAACAAGUAAAGAAAAUAGAAACAGGAAACUUUGGCUUAAACUAGUGAUAUGAGCCCAUAUAUGUGGAACAGUAAUGGGUGAAAUCUUCAAACCAUCACUGAAAAUUUAUAAGAAUAUUAAUUUUUUUUUCCAAUCAUCUUUUAUUUUGGAUAUUAUUUUGCAAUAUUUGUAAGAAAAGAGUUAAAUAUGUGCAUUGCAGUUGUGGCAGUUGCAUGUUGGGCGGAAAUCUUUAAUGAAUGGAAGCCGGAAAAGUGAGGAGAGAAAGUGAACAGGGAUCUGUGUGAUGAAUUAACUGAUAAACAAAGGAGGCGAUUACUGGGAGUGUGAGGCACUGGGUGACAUGGAUGCUGAAUUAAUUAUAAAAUUAAUUUUGUAAGAUUAAGAGAGUGUUUUUUUUUUUUUUUAAUGUUUUCUUAGAGGAGUUCAAGUUGUAAUGUUAGAAUUUUUUUUUUUUUUUUUCAGUUCUGACAGAUGUUCAAUCAUACAUGAUAUAAAGGGAGAGGUUGACAGAACAAUACCUUGUGGAACACCUCUGUUAUCUUGUUUAGGGAAAGAACAACGAUCACUGAAUACAAUGGCAGUAAUCUGUAUACCUAAAAAAACCUGAGAUAAAGCUGCAGAGAGAUGGAUUAUACUGGAAUUUUCUUGUAACAUCAAGUUUAUUGAAGUCCCUAAUGGUAAUGUUUACAUCCUUCAAUGAAGUCUUUGAUCAGAGUUUACUUGCUAGCGGUAGUGUGGAGGACACAUCGCCAUUGUAUCAUGUGAGUCUUGUGCUUAGAUAAUGCAGACUUGACUCUUGGUGUUAUGAUGAUUCCUGUGUUGUGGGAUAUCUGAUAUUAGGUUUCACUAGUAUAAGAGUACAUGUUGAAAAUUAUCUUUAGCUUCUUGUAGUGAUAGUUUGUAGUACUGUAUCUGAAAUGCAUCCGUCUGAUGCGACGUUGAUUAAUCGUCUUUGCGAUGUGGAUUCAUGUAUCUGGUGCACAGCAUUGAUCACGAUGUACUAAUAAGAUUAUAAAUAAAGCUUAGACACUUGAAAGAA